AGUUGAAGACUUUUCAAUCAAGUCAGAGCCGCCAUAUGAUGAGAUGAAGGAUGAGUUGUCAGAGACAGACGUUGAGCGGCCCCCUUUCGAGAUCGCCAUGGCCAGUUCCGGUAGAGAGAAACCAUACACCCGCGAAGAAUGUCACAAGGGCUUCAAAAAGAAGUGUGUUGUAAAGAAAGACAUGCAAGAAACGCACUUAUUGUCCGAAACUUCGUGUGAUUCAAUAAUGACCCAGGAAAAAAACAAUAGUGAUUCUUGUCGUUCCACAAUACAUAAGAAAAAAGAACAUGGUGUUGAGAAUUUGACGCGGAAGGCUAAAUUAAAACGCCGCAAAGUAAAAAAACUUCUAAAUUGUAAUCAUUGUAGUUACACCAGUCCGUAUAAAAGUAGAAUACUCCGACAUCAGACGAUACACACAGUAAAAAGCCUUUUUAAUUGUAAUCAUUGCAGUUACACAAGUUCGUAUAAAGGAAGAAUGCUCCGACACCAAAGGAGACACACAGACGUAAAGCCUUUUUUGUGCAACAAUUGUGCUUAUCAGUGCAAUUCAAAAAAACACUUGCAAAUUCAUCUGAUGAUACACACUGGCGAAAAGCCUUUAAACUGCAGCAUUUGUGACUUUAAAUGUAGACGAAAAGCAGAUUUACGAUUACAUGAGAUGAUACAUAGCGGUGAAAAACCUUAUCAAUGCAGGCAAUGUGAUUACAAGUGUACUAGUAAAUGUCAUUUACGAAGACACGAGGGUAUACAUCCUGGAACGAAAAAUAAAUCGCAUAAAUGUACUCAUUGUGACUACCAAACCCAUGAUAAGUCACAUUUGAACCGUCACCUGAUGAUACAUACAGGUGAAAUGCCUUUUAAAUGUGACUUUUGCGAUUAUCAGUGUCGAAAAAAAGAGCACUUGCGUUAUCACCAAACUAAACAUACGGGUGAAAAACCCCAUAAAUGUAGCUAUUGUGACUUUAGAUGUACUCGGAAAUCAGAUAUACCGGCUCACGAGCGUAUACACACUGGUGAAAGGCCUUACAAGUGUAAACACUGCAGCUAUGCGUGUCGGCAGAAACAUGUUUUAGUUGGACAUAUAAAAUCCAAACAUCCUGGUAAACAAUGAGAAAUUUUACAAAUGUAAUUAGUAAAGCUACGCGGGUUGAUAUUCAAAAGCAUGUUUUACAUGGAGACAAAGUCGAAUCAACCUGAUUGAACACCUUA